AGUGCUGCUGAACUGAGCAGGUGUAAUGAGGUCAAACCUCAGUUUUCACAGAGAUACACAGUCCAUGGAUUGAACUCUUCUCUGGACCCAAUUCAGGAAUGGCUUAUUUGCCCAUUUGGACAGUUCCUAGCAGCCAAUCCAGCCACAUAACCACACUUGCUCUGAUACAAACUCACUACUCUGACUCAACCAACAGCUACACAACGGGGAUAGCAGAUAACAUG